AUGUGCCUCGUGUGCUUCAGCGUCAACUGCAUGGAGAAGGACGGGCACACGGGCGCCAUGCGGUGCAGCGAGUGCGGCAUGGUGUCGCAGCAGUUCCGCGAGGAGGACAACGAGGGCGGCGCGGCCGGCGCGCCGGGGAUGGGCGCGGGGAUGGGGGGGAUGGGGGGGUCGCAGGCGGUGGUGCGCGAGAGCAACGUGGCGCUGCACCAGCAGCGGCAGGAGGUCGCCGCGGCGGACGCCGCCAGGGCUGCGCAGGCUGUCAGCUUGCAAGUGCAGGUGGGAGGUGGGGGUGGGGCGUUGAGUGGGCGGCAAGUGCAGGGGGCUUGCAGUGGUGCUCAUGGUGAGGGCGAGAAUUGUGUCCUUGCCUCCUCGUGUGUGCCUGCUCUCUGUCCCUUGCCCCCUCUCCUGCUCGCGAGGGCGCGCGCUCUAGCAGAGCACUACUGCACGGGGCUGCACGCCAUGCUGGCCCGCCAGUGCCACGCGCUCUCCGCCCUGCUCGCCCCACCUACAACCCCAGCGCCGCAGCGGCCCACUGGGGAGUGCAAGGAGCAGGACGGUGCUGCUGCUGCGGCUGCCUCGGCUGCGGCUGCUGCCAAUGCCAAUGCAGCAGCGCUGAGCAGCGUGGCGCGGCAGAUCCUGCUGCGCCUCGUGCUGCACUCCGGUGUGCUCCGCCAAGGGUAUGCCGAGCGCUGCUGGCUGCUGUGGCGUGUGGGUGAGGGCGCAGGGGGAGGGGGGCACGCUUGGGAGGAAGGGGAAAGGGGUGCAGGAGGGGUUGGGGGAGGGGGAAAUGGGGAGGAGGGAUGGGGAGGGGAGGCGAAGUCUGGUGGAAGGAAGAGAAGAGGUGGAGGUGAGAUGGGAGGGGAAGGGGGGGAGGCACUGCAACGGGAGAUGGCAGGGUGGGGCAUGGAGGGCGGGAGCGGGGGCUUUGGGGGAAUGGAAAGCGCAGCUGCGCAAGGGGCAGGCGGAGAGGGGAGAGACGAAGAGGGGAACGGCGCAGUGGGUGGCACGGGGCAGCACGAGGAGGAGGGUGAGUGGGCGCGAGAGCUGCGGGCGAUUCUGGCGGGCGCGAGGCGGAGCAGGCGGCGCGAGAGGGAGGAGGCGAGGAAGCGGGCGAGGCGGGCGCGGAGGAAGAAGUGGGGGCAGUUUGAAGCGGAGCUGGAGGCCAUUCGGGAGGACGAGGCUGCUGAGAGACGCGAAGGAAGUGAGGGGAUGGGGGGGGAUGGGAUGGGAGUGGAAGGGGAGGGAGAGGAGGAGGAAGGAGGGAAGGGGGGGAGUGAGAAGGCGUCGCUGAGGGAGACGUGGUUUGCCCUGGCGGAGAGGCUUCAGACGAGCCCUUUCUUUGCCGUCACCUGCAAGCUGCACGUGCACCUGCCUUUGCACGCCUGCCUCGCCGCGCUCUUCCUCGCCUGCCAUUACCUCCGCCUGCCGCUCCUCCCCACCGACAUCUGCCACCUGGCGCUCUCCGGUUCGCUGCCCUAUCUGUCCGCGUGGCGCCAGCUGUCGCCCUUCCAGGGCUACCCCGCCAGCAUCCCAUCCGCCACGCUCUUCCGUCCGCUCGCCCUCUGCUCUGCCCGCCUGCUCGAGCUGCUCGCUGCCUCUGCUGCCACCUCCAUCGCCCUGCGCCUGCCCCCUCUCAACUUCCGCCUCAUCGGGGAGCGGUUUCUUCAGGUGCGCGUCUCCUCCCUGCACCUGCCGCUCUCUCGCUCCCUGCACCUGCCUGCUGGAUGUGCGCCAUCCCCAUGCCCCUCUCACUCUCUUCCGCCCGCUCGCCCUCUGCUCUGCCCGCCUGCUCGAGCUGCUCGCUGCCUCUGCUGCCACCUCCAUCGCCCUGCGCCUGCCCCCUCUCAACUUCCGCCUCAUCGGGGAGCGGUUUCUUCAGGUGCGCGUCUCCUCCCUGCACCUGCCGCUCUCUCGCUCCCUGCACCUGCCUGCUGGAUGUGCGCCAUCCCCAUGCCCCUCUCACGCUCUUCCGCCCGCUCGCCCUCUGCUCUGCCCGCCUGCUCGAGCUGCUCGCUGCCUCUGCUGCCGCCUCCAUCGCCCUGCGCCUUCCUCCUCUCAGCUUCCGCCUCAUUGGGGAGCGCCUCCUGCAGGUACUCGUUUCCCCCAUGCCCCUCUUACUCUUGUCCUGCAGCCGCUGACCAUCUCUCUCCCACUCUUCCCCACUCCCCAACCCCCAUCCCUUCCGCUUUCUCCCCAACCCCCGUCCCUUCCGCUUUCUCCCCAACCCCCAUCCCUUCCGCUUUCUCCCCAACCCCCAUCCCUUCCGCUUUCUCCCCAAACCCCCCCCCGCAUCACCCUCCUCUGCAUUCUCCCCUCCUUCCCUCUCUCCCCUUCGUCCCUCUCUCCCCCUCCAUCCCUCUCCACCCGUCCGCCCCCCUCUGUCUCAUCCCCUUUUUUGCGCCCCUCCUGCCGCACCAGGAGCUGCACCUACCAGUACCGCUCUUCGCCCCUUUCCUCCACCGCCUCUUCGACCUCCUCUGCCCCUCCGACUCGCUCUCCCCUUCCCUCCCCUCGCUGCUGCCGCGCUUCCACCUCUCUCCCCUUCCCUCUGCAUGGCCCACGCGCCUGUACGUCAUGGCAGCCGUCGUUGUCUCCCUCAAGCUCGCGCUCGCCCUCGGCUCCUGGCCCUCCCUCACCGCAGCACCAUGCACAGGGGCGUCUCCAACACCAACGCCAGCAGCGGCAGCCGCCGCCGCCGCCGGAGCAGCAGGAGCAGGGGGUGGUGCGGUGGUGUGCAAGGCUGCUGCUGCUGCUCCCCGCGCCACGGUGUCGCUGGCACGGGGCGCGGUGUCGGGGUGGCAGCAGAUGCUGCAGCAGCGCAAGAGGGGCGAGGCGGGGCAAGGCGUGGUAGCGGAGGGGUCGCUGGCAGGGCAGGCGGGUGAGGGGCGAGGGGAGGGCAGGGGGGAGGAGGAAGAAGGGGAGGAUGAGGAGAGGGAGGAGGGGGAGGGGGAUGGGGAGGAGGAGGAGGAGGGGGAGGGGGAGUGGGACGUGCGGCGGGUGGUGCAGGCGGUGGAGGGCAGCCGGCAGCAGCUGCUGCAGAUGCCCAUGCAGACGCGCUCAAGGGAGGGGGGGGCGGAGGGAUCAGGAAGAAAAGCCACACUCCUUCCCCUCACCACUACUCUCUCGCCCCCUCUCCUCCUCUUCCCUGUUACUUGCCACUGCCCUUCCGCCCUCCCCUCUCUCCCGCUCGUACCGCCCACAGAGCCGCUGCAGCUGGGGCAGUACCUGCAGCACUGCGAGCGCCACGUGUUUGCCCCCGACGCCACGCGCGGCGCCGACCCCUCCACACUCGACCGCGAGCUGCGCGCCCACCUGCACGCCGCCCUCCCCUUGCCGCCCGCUCACAGGGGCAGUGAUGAGGGUGGUGAGGAUGUGGAGAGGGAUGAGAUGGCACAUGAGUGGGGCAGCCGGGCAGCGGAAAGAGGGAGAGGGGAGCAGGUGGACACGGACUUGGGCGGCGAGGAGAGGGGGGAGGAGAUUGGAAGGCGGAAGCGGAAAUGGGGUAGGGAGGGGGGAGAAAGGGAGGGAAAGGGAAAGAAAGCAAGGGCGAGGGGGGAGAGGGCUCGAUGGUUCCCGGUGCGGGUGGAAGAUGUGGAAGCGGAUAUGCGGCGCUGUGACUUUGCGAUGGCUCCCCCGCUGCCCCAGCCCCUGCGCGGCAGUGAGCUGGUGUACUACGAGCGCCCGCGGGCGCGCAUGCCGUUCCACGAGGUGCAUGCCGACCUCUUUGUGCUGCUGCGAGCCGCCGCACGUGUGGCGCGCGUGCACGUGAGGGCGCUGCACUUCUGCACCAUGGAGAUUGAAGAUGCACUCGUGGGUGCGGCGUUCUUCACUGUCGCCUCGCCUGCAUCGUUCCUCGAGCCGUCCCAUCCAAGCGGCAGCGACGGCAAUGCCGGUUCAGCCGUCACGGUGGCGUCUGCCGCGGGUUCAAGGGUGGCAAGGUCCUUGAAGAAGUGGAAGGGGAAGACAGUGGUUAAGUACGUGGCGAAGCUAAAGGGUAUGGGGGCUGCUAACAAAGGCGCAUCAGG